GAGAGGCUCAUCGGAAUAUCAGGCCCCCAGGUAAUACAUGGCUUCAUGCACACGAUCUACAUCACCAUCUCCGCAACUGUCUACUUUACGUUUUCUUCGUUCUGCGUCACCGUGUCAAUGUUUCCGGAUUCAGAACUGGCUCGGGGGGACAGUGCAAUGAUACCUCCCUGAUCGACAAUGUUUAUUUACUCUGGCCUCUCCCUGAUCAUAGGUCACGACGCCACUUUUAUGUAUCGUCGUAUGCAGUCGGUGCCUUGCACAGGUACUCAUCUUGACCACAGACCGUCAGUCAGCGAUAAGCAUGUCCAAUAAUGCAGUCGUACCCGCAGAGCGAGAUCAAAAGCCCAGCGCGAAAGGCUACAGGCAAGCGCUUGGGUCACGUCGAGAGCCUUUCAAGAUAUUUGAAGGUCACAGGCAGCCCAUCAGGUCCAUUGCCACAUUACCAGACGGCCUGAGAAUAGCGACCGGGUCUUGGGAUAGGACAAUAUGCAUAUGGAGGCUUGAGGAUGGCGCGGAAAUGGUGAAGUGGCAGGUGAAGAAGAACAUCGGCUCACUUGUAAUCUCGCAACACGGGAAACACGUGGUUUCCGCUGAGGGACUGUUCCCAAGCGCUGACGAUAUUCAUACAGAGCAUUGGAAACUUUGGGUGCGUGAUGCUGAAAGUGGGAAGGUUGUCGCAGGUCCCUUGGACACUCAUACCAACGUCGUGCGUGGUUUGGAUGUUUCCCCUGAUGGCGAAAUCCUGGCCAACGGGUCGUGGGACCACACAAUGAUUUUAUGGGAUACCAGGUCCUGGCAGAGAAAAGGCGGUCCUAUCUGGUGUCGCUUAUACGUCCUUGACGUCCGGUUUUCCCCGUCCGGUCAACUCGGUAUUGCUACUAAAGAAGAUAUCCAAAUAUGGGACUUGGAGCGAACAGGAGUGUCUUGCUCAAUUCAAGGGCCAUGCUGAUUUCAAAGGUGUAUGGAACAUGUCACUCACCUGGACUCUCG